CAAUAACAACCUUUUCUUAGUGUAUAUAUAUGGCCAUAGCCAUCAGAAGAUAAUCUUGCUCUCAACUUCAGAAGAUAAUUUGUUCUCUCUCUCUCUCUGUCUCUCUCUAUAUCUAUCUAUGUAAAACACCAUAACCAAGUACAAAUCUCCAACAACCUAGACCUCAUAUCUCUUCAUCCUGCAAAUUCUCUUCAGAUAAAACCCUAGCUCUUAAAUUCCAUCCACCAAUAUCAAUCAGACGAUUGUCACAAACAAGUGUCACUCUCCUCUUCUCCUUCCUCUCUUCUCUGAAGGUAUCAGACCUUCCAUGCAUGUUCAGGUGAAAAAAAGCCCUACUUUUUCUCAUAUAUAUUCUGACUCAUCUCACAGCAAUGAAAGCAGAACUAAGAGGAAACGCCCCACCAAUUUCAUUACAAAACCCUAGUCUCUUCACCACUAGCCCUCAGACUACUUCUCUAUCAGGUGCACUCAGGGGAUGUCUCGGCAGCCUCGACGGAGCGUGUAUUGAGAAGCUUCUACUUCACUGCGCGAGUGCUCUAGAGAGCAAUGAUGUGACUCUAGCUCAACAGGUGAUGUGGGUGCUCAAUAACGUGGCUUCUUCUGGAGGUGACCCUAACCAGAGGCUCACUUCAUGGUUUUUAAGGGCGCUCAUCUCCCGGGCUUCUAGGGUUUGCCCUACAGCCAUGAAUUUCAAUGGCGGCAGUACCCUUCAGAGGAGGUUGAUGACGGUGACUGAGCUGGCCGGGUAUGUUGAUCUAAUCCCUUGGCAUAGGUUUGGCUUCUGUGCAUCAAAUAGUGUCAUUUUAAUGGCAAUUCAAGGCCAUUCAAGGGUUCACAUAUUAGAUUUUAGCAUCACUCAUUGUAUGCAAUGGCCUACUCUCAUAGACACAUUGGCUAAGAGGCCUGAAGGGCCUCCUUCACUUCGAAUUUCGGUGCCCUCUUGGAGGCCACCGGUCCCUCCCUUGCUUAAUGUGUCAAGUGAAGAAGUUGGCAUGCGUUUGUCGAAUUUCGCCAAGUUUAGGGAUGUUCCUUUCGAAUUCAAUGUGAUUGAAGACUCAUCCUCCUCUAUAGAGGGUGGAAUUAUAUCUGAAGAGUCCUCUACUUAUCACUAUGAUUCACUCUUGAAUCAACUCAAUCCUUUGUCAUUAGGACUUAGGGAUGAUGAGUUUUUGGCCAUCAAUUGCCAAAAUUGGCUAAGGUAUUUACCCGAAGAACGAAAAGAAAGUGCUCAUGAAGCUUCUUGGAGAGACUCUUUUCUAGAAACAAUCAAAGGCCUUAACCCUCAGAUUAUAACUGUGGUUGAUGAGGACUGUGAUUUGGGUGCAUCAAGUCUCACAUCAAGAAUCACCACUUGCUUCAAUUAUCUAUGGAUACCAUUUGAUGCCUUGGAGACUUUCUUGCCCAAAGAUAGUUGCCAAAGAAUGGAGUAUGAAGCUGAUAUUGGCCGCAAAAUUGAAAACAUAAUCAGCUUUGAAGGGAUUCAGAGGAUAGAGAGAUUGGAGUGUGGCAUUAAGCUGUCGCAACGGAUGCGAAAUGCCGACUUUUCUAGCAUUCCAUUCUGUGAGGUGACUGUUAGUGAAGUGAAGUUCUUGCUAGAUGAACAUGCCAGUGGUUGGGGGAUGAAGAAGGAAGAUGAUAUGCUGGUUCUCACAUGGAAAGGCCAUAACUCAGUCUAUGCCACAGCUUGGGUCCCAAGUGGGCUGCUUUGAGGAUUGAAUGGGUGUGGACUUAAAUUAAGUGCCCUAAAAUUAUACAUGGGUAGCUUGGUUGGGCCUACAAUGGGGAUGGGUUUUAAUCUGCAGUGGUCCUCCUGUAGAUUGAAGGGCAGUGACAAAAUGUUGUUCCUUCUUUAUCUUCUCUUUGUCAAAAGGCUGCAAUGGGGGACAAGACAUGAAGGAAAAAGGGGCACAACUUUGAGAAUAUUAUUCAUGCCCGAUGCUGCCUUUGUAUUCGAGCUCUAGCUAGCUUUGAUCACAUGAAAGACACAGAGAGAAAUGUACAUAUUGUCUUUGUAUGAUGACAAAAGUUAUCACUUUGUUUCUCGUCUUUGCAGGGCUAGGAAGUAGCUAGGCAACUAACUAGCUAGUUCUUUCAUAAUCACCUAAGUUGAUUUUCGGUUC